UUUUGUAACGUUUUUCUUGGUCGGAUUUUCGAAGCAAAAUCGUUUUGUAUUCUCCAACCUUUUCGAGUUUUGUGUAGGAAAUGCUGGAAUAUUUACCGUAAUCCUCUGCAAUUUUCGUCAAUCAACCAAGUGCACUACCGAUAAACAGUUGAAUAUAAUGGCAGACACGGAGCCAUCUCGUUCACGGCAGGAAAAACGAUCUCGCAGUUCGUCACCCAAGAAUGAUGAUGAUCGGGGAAGGAACCGGAAGAAAGCAUCCCGGCGGGACAGUCGCUCCCGAUCUCGAUCCAGAAGUGUCGAGCAUAGAAGGCGUCGUUCCAGAUCCCGGUCCCGAGACCGCAGAAAUCGUCGUUCUGGUAGCAGAGAUGCACGCACAACCAGAGAUCGUCGGGAUCGGGAUCCUCCUGGUUCAAGAAAACGAUCGCGCAGCAGAAGCACCGAAAAGAAGAAAACGGAACUUGAUGGAGGCAAAGCGCAAGCGGCACCGGACCAAGGAGAUGAGGCGUUGCUGAAAAAUGAAAAACCGGCUAUUCGAAAAACGGUAGAUUUACUUACAUCGAAGACUGGAGGAGCCUAUAUUCCUCCAGCUCGCUUAAGGAUGAUGCAGGCGGAGAUAACAGACAAAACGUCGGCUGCGUAUCAGCGAAUUUCUUGGGAAGCUUUGAAGAAAUCGAUUCACGGAUAUAUCAACAAGGUUAACGUGGACAAUAUCGGCAUCAUCACUAGGGAGCUUUUACGGGAGAAUAUUGUCCGUGGGCGAGGGUUGUUAUGUAGGUCUAUCAUCCAGGCGCAGGCUGCAUCGCCUACAUUCACUCACGUUUACGCAGCCUUGGUAGCAAUCGUCAAUUCUAAAUUCCCAAAUAUUGGCGAGCUACUGCUGAAACGUUUGGUUAUUCAGUUUAAGAGAGGUUUCCGUCGAAACGACAAAAGCAUUUGUCUCUCCUCGUCUCGCUUUGUAGCUCAUCUGGUCAAUCAAAGGGUGGCGCAUGAGAUUCUUGCGCUGGAAAUUCUUACGUUGCUGGUAGAAAAUCCCACUGACGAUUCCGUUGAAGUGGCCAUUGCGUUCCUAAAGGAAGUAGGUCAGAAGCUGACAGAAGUCUCGGGUAAAGGAAUCAAUGCUAUUUUUGAAAUGCUGAAAAAUAUUCUGCACGAAGGCAAACUGGAUAAACGUGUUCAGUACAUGAUCGAGGUGGUGUUCCAAAUAAGAAAGGAUGGAUUUAAGGAUCACAUCGCGGUUGCAGAAGCGCUCGAAUUGGUAGAAGAAGAUGACCAAUUUACUCAUCUCAUAAUGUUGGACGAAGCAACCGAUCCACAGGAUAUACUGAAUGUAUUCAAGGUUGACGAGCAAUACGAAGAGAAUGAAUCCAAGUACAAAGCGAUCAGCAAGGAGAUUCUGGGUAGCGACGUUAGUGGUGACGAGGAUCAAUCAUCCAGUGGAAGUGGAAGUGAUUCCGACGAUGAUGACGACAGCGAGAGCGAUAAUGAAAGCGGUGCGGAGAAAGAAGCUGGCGACAAGCAAAUUAUAGUGGACAAUACGGAAACAAAUUUGAUCGCACUCAGAAGAACUAUCUACCUGACGAUUCAUUCCAGUUUGGAUUAUGAAGAAUGCGCCCACAAGCUGAUGAAAAUGGAACUUAAACCCGGCCAGGAGCAGGAAUUGUGCCACAUGUUUUUGGAUUGUUGUGCCGAGCAGCGUACUUAUGAAAAGUUUUACGGAUUGCUUGCGCAGCGUUUUUGCAUGAUCAACAAAACGUACAUCGAACCGUUUGAAGCGAUUUUCCAAGAUACUUACAGCACAACCCAUCGCCUGGAUACAAAUCGCUUAAGAAAUGUCAGUAAAUUUUUCGCGCAUCUUCUGUUUACUGAUUCUAUCGGUUGGGAUGUUAUGCGUUGCAUCAGACUCAAUGAGGAAGACACGACAAGCUCCAGUCGUAUUUUCAUCAAAAUUCUUUUCCAAGAACUAGCAGAAUACAUGGGUCUUGUAAAGCUGAACAAACGGCUAAAGGAUCCAACCCUUGCGGAACCUUUUUCCGGUCUGCUUCCGAGAGACAACCCCAAAAACACUCGUUUUUCGAUCAACUUCUUCACUUCGAUUGGCUUGGGAGGGCUUACAGAUGAACUGCGAGAUUUCCUUAAGAACGCACCCAAACAAGUCAUGGCACCACUACCAGCUCCAGCAGAUCCAGAAAAUUCUAGCAGCAGCAGUUCAUCAUCCUCAUCGGAUUCUAGCUCUUCCUCAUCGUCAGAUUCCAGCUCAAGUUCUUCUGAUUCGGAAUCCUCCGAAGAUGAGAGAAGAGAUAACCGAAAGAAAAAGAAAUCUGAUAAAAAUAGGAAAAAGACAAGCAAGGUUUCUUUGGAAAAAAGUGACCGAUCCAAGUACAAGGAAAAUGAUGGUAGAAAUGCCAGAAACGGUGGCCAUCGGCAUAGAAUGGAAGAACAUGAGGAAAGUCGUAGUAGAAGAGCAUACGCUUCAGAAAAAGAUCGUGACCAGGCCAGAGAUGGAAGAGACCGUCAUCGGGAGCAGGACGACUAUUACCGUCGUCAGGAAGAUCCUCAGACAUCGGAGAAGGAUCGCGGCAGGAAAAAAUAUAAAGACCGCGAAGAAGACGAUUAUCGAAAAGUUGUAGGAAAACACCGAGAGAAAGAACGCGAUCGUGAUGCAAGAGAGAACGAUCGUUCAUCCAACCGAAGAAGGCGAAGUGGUGAACGGUGGUAAUUUUAGUGGGUUUCGAUUUUAAACUGCGAAUAUUGGAAAACGAGAGAAAAAAAUUGUGUGAACCAUCUGUAAUAAAGUGCAUUCUACAGAACGAACUUGGGAAACGUAACUC